CGUCGCCGCCUCUCUGCUGUUUAGUCGUCAGAAUACAGACAUGGCUGCUCUCAGUAAGAUACCGCACAGCUGCUACGAGAUCGGUCACACCUGGAGCCCGUCGUGUGUGCAGUCUGCCGUGGAUGUAACCAGGGGUGCUUUGGAGGUUUCCUUUAAAAUAUAUGCCCCUCUUUAUCUGAUAGCAGCAGUUCUAAGGAGAAGGAAGAAGGAUUACUACAUAAAACGGCUCCUCCCUGAGAUUCUACAGUCUUCCUCUUUCCUCACUGCCAAUGGAGGUCUCUACAUUGUUUUCUUCUGCAUUCUCAGGAAACUGCUGGGAGGGUUUUACUCCUGGUCUGCUGGGUUUGGCUCAGCACUGCCUGCCUCCUAUAUUGCCAUCCUCCUGGAGCGCAAGAGCAGGAGAGGACUGCUGACAAUAUACAUGACAAAUCUUGCCACUGAGACCUUGUUCCGUAUGGGAGUGACAAGAGGGAUCAUCAAACCCAUUAAACAUGGCGAGGUGCUGCUGUUCUGCAUCACUGCAUCUCUCUACAUGUUCUUCUUCAGGAGUAAAGAUGGUCUCAAAGGCUUUGCCUUCUCUGCAUUAAAGUUCAUCAUUGGCAAGGAAGAGAUUCCAUCUCACUCUGCGGUGGCAGAGCACGCUCACACAAGGCCCCUUGAGAGGACAGCUGCUGUAGAGACCGAGGAUUCACAGGCGCCAACAGAAAGGCCCAACCCCAGGAGGAAAACUCUGGUAGCGUACACCAGGGAACUGUUAGAGUCAAUAUGCAAACAUGGUCCACGACACAGAUGUUGUAAGCAUUACCAGGACAACUGCAUUUCCUACUGUAUUAAAGGUUUUGUCAGGAUGUUCAGUGUUGGAUACCUGAUUCAGUGUUGUCUUAAAGUGCCCUCAGCAUUCAGACAGAUGUUCUCUAAACCCUCACGGCUCCCGUCCGUCUUCUACAACAAAGAGAACUUCCAGCUAGGAGCCUUUCUAGGGUCUUUCGUCAGUAUCUACAAGGGAACAAGCUGCUUGCUGCGCUGGAUGCGUGAUAUUGACGAUGAACUCCAUGCACUGGUAGCUGGCUUUCUGGCUGGAACUUCAAUGUUCUUCUACAAAAGCACAACGAUAUCCAUGUAUCUCUUCUCAAAGCUGGUGGAGACCAUGUACUUCAAGGGCAUUGAGGCCGGCCGGUUCCCUUACUUUCCUCAGGCAGACACAGUCAUAUAUGCCAUCUCCACUGCUAUCUGUUUUCAAGCUGCUGUGAUGGAAGUGCAGAACCUCAGGCCUUCAUACUGGAAGUUCCUGCUGCGUUUAACUAAGGGCAGGUUUGCUCUCAUGAACCGACAGGUGCUGGAUAUAUUUGGGACACAGGCCUCCAGGGACUUUAAAGGCUUUGUGCCCAAACUGGACCCACGUUACACCACGAUGCCCAGCCAAACAGUCCUUCCACCAGGAGCCGACAUCCAACUGGGAUGACGUGGGACCACGCACUGGGAGGGGCUUUAGGGUUACCACAGUGGGAAAUGUGGCUGUUCUUUCUGACUGACUUAUGGGUUUUUUUAAAAAGGUGUUAGCAGCUCAGAAGUGGUGAUGUUGUAUUAGGAAAUGGGAUAAUCUUUGGAGGAUGUAAAAGCCCAAGAUCUGAACAAAGCAGGGGGUCCUGAGUGUCAAGUGUUGUACACGCACACUUACUGUCAGCGAUUGAACACAUACAGGUAACUAGUAAAAUAAAUUAAAUGCAUAAAUUCAUUAAAAAUGACAAUUGUUUUAAUAGCAGUACUGCCCUAAUGAAACUCAGUAGUAGAGGACAAAUACUGAUAAGAAAACUAUAAGAAUGAGGACCAUAAAUCAACAGUGAUUUAUAUUUUGUUGACAAUUUGCAUUUGGCAGGAUGACAUUAACCUUUUCCACAACUUAUAGAUGGAAGUAGUAAGGUUCAUAUAGAAUGAAUUCUUCUAAAUCACCAAAAAACUCUAAAUUGAUUUAUUGGGAUCAAAAAAUGACUUGGCUUAGGAUACAACAUUCCUUAAAUCAUUGUGUUUCUUCAUUUUACAAGUUACCUGUAGGUUGAUACUGACUGAAUUCAUUGUGGUCAUUUGGUAGCUUUCAUGUCAGAGGAUGAAACUCACUUAUUUUGGAACAGGCAUGAUACCUUUAUUUGACUCUGAUUUAAGAGCAAGAGCAAGGAUUUGAGAUUAUUAUUCCCUGAUCAUUUCUGAAUGUGUCCUUUUUCAAGACAAUUGGUGCAACUGAUGAGAACUAGAAUUAUGUAACUUUAUCAGAUAUUGUAGUCUGUAGUAGACUAUGAGAGAUGUAUUUAGAUUUAUGAUGUAAAUGUGGGAAGUAACCAGUUGAUUUUCUUUUCAUAAUUUCAGUGAUUUUUGAAUGCAAUUGAGGUUUUUUUUUUCUUUACUCACAUUGGGUUUUUUUUUUAGAUUACACUUGACAACAAUGACUGCAAUGGAGUGAGGCACCCUAAUAGGUACUUAACGGGUAGAAAGCAUGCACAAUUUCACCUUGAAGGCACAGUAAUGGGUAGUAAAUACAGCUAAGAAACAUUUUGGAAAUCUGAUAUUUAUUUACUAGUUAUUACUUUUUUUUUUUUUUUUGCAGAAACCACAUUGUUAACAUGCACACAAGAAAACAGAUUAUCAUGAGGAUGCAUUUACACACAGUGCUUUAACAUGAUUACUUUAAAACUUGCAUUUACAGUUUCCAGAUUGUGAAUAAUCACAUUUCUCCUUCACUGUAUCUUUAUUAAGAAUUUGGCAUAUUUGAAGUGCAUGAAAAAGUUCAUGUUAUGUAAGAAACAUGCAGUCAUAAAUUGUGUUACAGCUUAAAGAGAUUAUUUGGUCAGGACUUGAUGAGUGAGUCAAUAAGAGUCUGGAGGAGAACUGUUUUUCAUACUGUGUACAUGUGUCAAAUCUGGUUUUAACAAAUCUGGUUGUAUUGAAUUAUUUUGGUUACAAAAUAUUUCCAGUACUCCCACCGCACUGCUGUCACAUUGAUAUAUUUCCUGUCCUGGGAGUUUGGCACAUAGUUAUAGUUGGAUACUUGGUGUCUUUUCCUCCUCUGGUUUACAGUAAAAGACAUGAUUACAGUUCUCUGUUAAACUGAAAAAAUAUAACAGUUUGAUCAGAGAAUAGGCUCCUACGCAUAGAAACAGCCUUUCAUUUACAAAUGUAUUCUGUGAGUUAAAUCAUUGUACAAUUGUAGGAGUUGAGACUUUGAAACUAUGAUAUGUGAUAAACUGAUGGAUAAGAUAAAGUGGCCCAACUGACAGUGGAAGAGAAACUACAUCUGUAGCUUCAUUUAGUGCAAAGUCUGAAUUACUUGCAAAUGACCUUUAAAGCUUUGAACCACAGAAUAUAUAGUCUACAAUAAUUUCAAGAAGUCAUAUUGCUAAAGUCAUAAGAUCCAUCCUGGCGCAAUGUUCUCUGGAGGGUUUUAGGUUAGAAAUUACUUAAUUUUAAUAUUGACUCAUACAGGCCAAACUUUCCCAAACAAAGUUUUUUAUGGUUCUUGUGGUUUAAGUUCAUCAAAUAUAAAACUGGUGUUGGCUGUCAGUUCCGAGGUGAAUCAAAUAUUUAAAAUCCACAUUUAUUGAAACGUAGUUCACAGAGAAAUUUGGUGCCACACACAAGGAGUGUUUCUGUGAAUAAAAAGACCACAGCUCUGUUUGCUUUUGUUUUUGUCUCUGAGACAUAAGGAUGAAUGCCAAAAAGAUUUUUUUUGUGUUUUAAAUCUUUUAUGUUCUCUGAAAAGUGUGUAUUACAUUUCUUACUAAGAGAAAAAAAACAUCACAGAGGUUCUGAAGUUAAUGAAAUAAUGAGCAUGGUGGUUACUUCUGUGAUUUAUGUAAUAUUUCUAAAUGCAUAUUAGACUAUUGCAUUGUAUCUUCAAAUCUUCAAGUGGACCAUUCUUCAUUCCGGAUGUGAAAUGAUUGCAUACAAUUGAACUAUAAAAUAGUUUAAUUCUACAUCUUCUUGUACAGAUCUCAUAUUUCUGUCAGUUAUUUAAACUGCCAGUUUGUUUAUAUUAAAAUAUUUUUUGAUUCCUA